CCUAUUCAAGAAUUCAAUGAAUUCAUAUCCACAUUAAUCUCACCAACAAUUAUUACCCAUUUCCCCCAUCCCCAUAAUAACUCAUUAAUUCCAAACCAUUUCCAAUCAUCUCAAAUUCCCCAACACAAUCCCCACAGGCCAUACCAAUGGAACAGCUCACCAAACCACCACCACCACCACAACAAGAUGACAUCAUUUUCCGAUCAAAGCUCCCGGACAUCUACAUCCCCAACCACCUCCCCCUCCACUCCUACUGCUUCCAGAACAUCUCCGACCACCGCUCCAAACCGUGCCUGAUCAACGGCGCCACCGGCGAGACCCUCACCUACGCCGACGUCGAGCUCACCACCCGGCGAGUUGCCGCCGGCCUCCACGGCCUCGGCGGAAUCGCACAGCGCGACACGAUCAUGCUCCUCCUCCCUAACUGCCCCGAGUUCGCCUUCUCCUUCCUCGCCGCCUCCUUCAUCGGCGCCACCACCACCAUGGCCAACCCCUUCUUCACCCCCGCCGAGGUCCUCAAGCAAGCCAAGGCCUCCCAGGCCAAACUCAUCGUCACGCAAAGCUGCCACGUCGACAAGGUCCUGUCCUACGCGCUCGAAAACAACGUUAAGAUCGCGUGCAUCGACGUGCUGCCGCCUGCCGACGCGAAAAACGUUUUCCACUUCUCAGACCUGAUUCGAUCCGACGAGAACGAAAUGCCGGAAGUUGACGUUGACCCGAACGAGGUUGUCGCCCUCCCCUACUCGUCCGGAACCACCGGGUUACCCAAAGGAGUUAUGUUAACUCAUAAAGGGCUCGUGACGAGCGUGGCGCAGCAAGUGGACGGGGAGAAUCCGAACCUGCACAUGACGAGCGACGACGUGUUGAUGUGCGUCUUGCCGAUGUUCCACAUCUACGCGUUGAACUCGAUCCUCCUCUGCGGGCUGAGGGUGGGGGCGGCGAUCGUGCUGGUGCAGAAGUUCGAGAUCGGGUCGUUCCUGGGGGCGAUGGAGAGGUACAAGGUGACGUACGGGCCGUUCGUGCCGCCAAUCGUGUUGGCGAUUGCCAAGUGCGAGAAGACGGAUGACUAUGACUUGUCGGCGGUGAGGAUGGUGCAGUCGGGGGCGGCGCCGCUGGGGAAGGAGGUGGAGGAGGCGGUGAGGGCCAAGUUCCGGAAUGCUACGCUUGGUCAGGGGUACGGAAUGACAGAGGCGGGGCCAGUGUUGGCUUUGUGUUUGGCGUUUGCAAAGGAGCCAUUUGAGGUUAAGUCAGGGGCUUGUGGGACUGUUAUGAGGAACGCCGAGAUGAAGAUCGUCGACCCAGAAACAGGGGAUUCUUUGCCUCGGAACCAACCGGGGGAGAUUUGCAUUCGAGGGGACCAAAUCAUGAAGGGUUAUCUAAAUGAUCCAGAGGCCACAGAGAGAACGAUAGACAAAGACGGCUGGUUACACACUGGCGACAUAGGCUACAUUGAUGAUGAUGAUGAGCUCUUCAUAGUCGAUCGUUUGAAAGAAUUAAUCAAAUACAAGGGAUUCCAAGUAGCCCCAGCAGAACUUGAAGCCCUGCUGCUAAACCAUCCAGAGAUCUCAGACGCGGCUGUUGUUGGGAUGAAAGAUGAAUCAGCAGGAGAGGUACCUGUAGCUUUUGUUGUGAAAUCAAAUGGGUCCAUAAUCACCGAGGAAGAAGUCAAGCAAUAUAUCUCCAAACAGGUUGUUUUUUACAAGAGAAUUAAUAGAGUUUUCUUCAACGAUGCCAUUCCCAAAGCACCAUCUGGCAAAAUCUUGCGGAAGGACUUGCGAGCGAAAUUAGCAGCUGGUCUUCCAAACUAGUUUCCGGCUCCAGGAGUCCCUGUAGCCUAAGAAGCCUGUUAUAAAUUAAUUGUCAAUUUGUGAAAUGUUUGUACAAUCUAAUUUGAACACAUGAUGUGACAUUAUUUCGUUAAUAACUGGCGUUAUCAAGAAA